AUGAAGGUUUCCGACUUGAAGGCGUUGCCUCUCGCUAUCCUCCUUUACGCUAGCUGCGCAAUUAGCGUAACAUUUACACCUCUCGACGAGAAACCAGGUCUCAUUGACAACGGAAAAUUUGGCCCAGCUGUGGAAGUCGUUCACCUAUUCAGAGGGCAGGCUCCCGUCGGUAUAACGGUAUCCAAGUCUGGGCGGGCAUUCAUAAACUUUCCGCGAGGGGACCUCGCUUCUAACCCAAUGACGGUCGCAGAAAUAGUAAACGACACAACGGAGGUUCCCUUCCCCAACCUCGAAUUCAACACACCACCAGAGGGUCUAGUCGAUACCUCUUCGGGACGUCCCACAGCCUCCAAUGAUUCCAAUCAUUUCAUCAACGUCCAAGCAGUUGUACUAGAUCCUAAAGGUCGCCUUUGGGCUUUGGAUACUGGCCGGCCUGUGGUAGAAGGAGGAGACGCUCUCCCAUCCGUGCCAGGUGGCCCAAAAUUGGUUGGAUUCGAAGUGGGAGGAUCAGAUUCGUCGACACCCUUCAAAACUAUCACCUUCCCCGAGACUGUUUUACCUCCUUUGGGAUUUCUGAACGAUGUUCGGUUCGACCUGACACCUAGCUUGACUUCCUCAGGCCAGGGUGUGGCGUACAUCACUGACAGUGGCGCGCAUGGUAUUAUCGUGGUCGAUCUGGGAACAGGCGAAUCUUGGAGGCAUCUUGACCAACUCAAAUCGACGAGCCCUGUACCAAACUUCCUACCCACAUUUUUCGGUGUCCCGACCUACGCAGCCUCGGGAUUAUACCCCGCUUCUCACUGGGAGACUGUCGUCGGAGGUGGAGCUGACGGUUUGGCGAUUUCCACUGACGGACGAUCCUUGUACUUUACUCCGUUUUCAAGUAGGGACCUCUAUCGAGUCGAAACAGCCCCUUUGCGUGUUAAUCCCGCUAACGACACCUUUGCUGUAAUACGCGCAGCACAGAGUGUACAGUAUCUUGGAGAGAUGGGUGGCGCUGCUGAUGGAUUUGAGACCGACGAUACAGGAUUGAUAUACAUUAGCAAUCGUGAACACAACUCGAUCAGUACAUUUAACUCUCAGACAGGCCUAAUCGAGUUAUAUGCCAGGGAUCCAAUGAUGGCGUGGCCUGAUACCCUCUCAGUUGCGGACGAUGGAUUCCUGUAUAUGACAGUGACACAGGCAUGGAUGAGCGGGUUCUAUCAAAAUGGGACCGAUAAGAGGGUCAAGCCUUUUGGGUUGCUCAGGAUUCCGAUUCCAGGGAAGCCUGUGAGGUUGAUGUGA